GUAGAUCACAGAUCGACAAAUAUGCCCAGCACUCCUUGCACCAACACGUCUUGCUUCAUCAAGACUCCUCACUCGCACGAUGAACGCUGGCGCGAACCCAAGAUCCUGAACACGAUCUUGGACCAUGUUGGCAACACUCCUUUGGUCCGCAUCAACAAGAUCGCGGAAAAGGCCGGCCUCAAGUGCGAAUUGCUCGCCAAGUGUGAAUUCUUCAACGCGGGUGGGUCUGUGAAAGAUCGCAUUGGCAAGCGCAUGAUCGAAGACGCCAUGGCCUCGGGUCGUAUCAAGCCUGGUGACACGCUGAUUGAACCUACGUCGGGCAACACUGGCAUCGGUCUUGCCUUGGCCGCUGCUAUCUACGGCUUCCGCAUGAUCAUCACCCUCCCCGAGAAGAUGUCCCAAGAAAAAGUCGACGUGCUCAAGGCGUUGGGUGCCGAAAUCAUCCGCACACCUACCGAAGCCGCGUGGGACUCGCCGGAAUCGCACAUUGGGGUUGCGAACCGUUUGAACAAAGAAAUCAAAAACUCGCAUAUUUUGGAUCAAUACACGAACCCGUCCAACCCGUUGGCGCAUUACGACCAAACGGCCGAAGAAAUCUUGGAAUCGUGCGGCGGCCAUGUCGACAUGCUUGUAAUUUCGGCGGGCACGGGCGGCACCAUCACCGGCACGGCCAAGAAGAUCAAGGAAAAGUGCCCAUCAGUCAUUGUCGUCGGUGUCGACCCGAAGGGGUCGAUCUUGGCCUUGCCCGACUCGCUCAACGACGAAAACCGCUUGAAGUCGUACCAAGUCGAAGGCAUCGGGUACGAUUUCAUCCCGGACGUGCUUCACCGCGACGUCGUCGACAAGUGGAUCAAAUCCAACGACCAAGACUCGUUCGUGAUGGCGCGCCGCAUGAUCCGCGAAGAAGGGCUCCUCUGCGGUGGUUCGUGUGGUUCGGCCAUGUCGGCCGCUGUGAUUGCCGCUAAGGACCUCAAGGCCGGCCAAAAGUGCGUCGUCAUUUUGCCCGAUUCGACGCGCAACUACAUGACCAAGUUCUUGUCGGACGACUGGAUGUACGACCACGGAUACGUCCAAAACUUGGACAAGAAGCCCGCCAACCAAGCGUGGUGGGCGAAGAAGGUCGUGUCGGAGCUCCCACUCAACGUCCCGUACACGAUCACGUCGUCGCUGUCGUGCAAGGAAGCCGUCGACAUCUUGAAGCGUGAAGGGUUUGACAACCUUCCUGUUGUCGACGAGCAAAACGCGAUCGUGGGUGUGAUCUCGGAAGGCAACUUGACGGCGCAAUUGCUCCCCGGCCGCAUCUUGCCGAGCGACCCCGUCUCGAAGGCCAUGUACAAGCAGUUCAAGAAGGUCAACACCCACACGACGUUGUCCGAGUUGAGCCGCAUCUUCGACAAGGACCACUUUGCGUUGGUCGUGACGGAACAGCGCUGCUUCUCCGCCGGUGGCGUCGUUGAAACCAAGAGCGUCAUCUUUGGUGUUGUCACCCGCAUCGACUUGUUGACAUUCAUCACGAAUCAAGAGUAAACUCGCGAAUCUGACGUGUUCCAUUUUGUCUUCCAUGUCGAACACGCCAGAUGGGAGCUAUGAAAGUCGAAGGAAGGGCUCUCCGUCGGACCAUCGUGGCCCAUGCAACCCCCAUCUCCACUUGGCAGUCCGCUUUCGACCUGGUCCAUGGAGGAGCCGCCCCCCAACCACACCCGUUCUUGCUUGUACCAAAGAGACAUUGAUGAAAUAUGCAUGGGAUUUCCCUACCAACAACAGCAAGUCACACGGUGCGUUUUUGAUCUGGCUCACGCGUGGAGCAAGGUAUGCCGAGGGAGCACCACAACGGCAUCCUUCUACGCGAGCAAUCGGCAAGCGAGUCGGGCGCUUCAGUGGGUGCGGCGGUCACACCUUUAAAGUCAGGUGAGUUCGCUCGCAUGAUGGGCAAAGGCUCGAAAAGCGUACCAGCGAAGUGGAGGACCAGGACGGGGCUUGAUGCGCUAUUGAAGAUAAUCACACUAGACAAGUGCGGGUAAUAGUGUGGCAAUGGAGCCGAA